AAAUCAAAAAAAAAUUCAUGAUUUUCGGAUUGUGGAGCACAAAGUUAUGGUCAUUCAAAGUUUGACGAAAUCGAAAAAAGGCUCGUUCGGGGUAGCAAACGACAUAUUUUCGAGACGAAGGCGGGACCAAACCUCCUAUGGCCAUUUGCGACUUGCAAGAUCUCGAAAAAUUAUGCGGAAUCAAAAAAAAUUUUGCUACGAUCGGAUAACCGAGCACAAAGUUACGUUUGUUUCAAGUUUCGACGCAGGUCAGGCCUUCACCGCGGCCGUGUACUGCAGUGAUGCAAUCACUGUCUUCGUCGACAGCGGUGAUGCAAUCACUGUCUUCGUCGAAAGCGGUGAUGCAAUCACUGUCUUCGUCGACAACAGUGAUGCAAUCACUGUCUUCGUCGACAGCGGUGAUGGCCCAAACUAACGUAGAUUGGGAAUUAUUUUCAUAACGUGUGUAUUUUGAGAUUUUUUUUUAAAAAGAUGUGUAACUUGGGAUUUUUUCCAGAAUUCUGACCUUGAGAUAAAUUGGCAAGGUCGGUUCUGUCUGGAAUUUGAGCUUUCCGGUUCCAGCCUCGAUAUCUUCAGCUGCACAAACCAUUUGAUAGCUUUCACUUGGUUAAUAAUGGCUACGCAAAACAUUCACCAGAUGCAUGUACAUAUGAUGAUCAUUUGUUUUAGGCAACAGAACAGUUAACCCCCACUGUUGCAGCUACUGCAAUUUGGGCAGAAGGUCAGUUUCGGCGGCAGAGUUUUCAGUACAAGGAAACAAACAGAUAUGGGGAAACUGAUGAUCAUGACGCUGGUGACAGGCUAAAAUGAAGACUCAGUGUAAGAGCAUUGAAGGCAUGAAGUAGUGGAUAUUUUUUUCAGGAAUGGGACGAAUGUGAGGUGAAGUGAUGGGGAAAGUCUGCAGAGUCAAGGAUUUUGACCCUAGCUUCUUCCAAAACUCCCCAUCAGAACAAUAAUUCAUUUUCUUCCUCGUCUUCAGUUUGGUCCCACUCGUUUGACUUUGGUUUUCAUCAGUUUAGUCUGCUACUCUGCCCUGUCUUCCUUUUCCACAGUUUCAACUUACAACAAUGGGUCCAAGUGAGUCCACUUGGUAGCAUGUGAAGCAUUGAGCAAAUGCAAAUGAAAUUGUAUUUCUGUGUUAAUAGACAGAAUUAGGUGACGAUUGUUGCCUAGGACAGGACGGGGACGUAAGAGGAUUUGGGAAUAAACAUAUUAUUGUAGGUCAAUUCUUCUAUAAGUGAAGUGAGAAACUAGCAAGACAGGGAAAAAAGAAUGAAGCAAGAAUCGAAAUGUGCUUGAAUCAAUCUAGGGUGCUCAUAAAGUAAGGAUGUGCUUACAAAUUACAAUGCACAUAUGGGUUUGAUCAGGAGUUGGUCCCUCCCCAAUAAAAUGUCACACGUUCAUUCAACAAUUAUAAGACAUCUAGUGUUUGGUUGGACGACUAUAUAUAAACAUUAUAAGCAUCGUACAAGAGGCUAUUAGCAAACCUCAUAGUCAGAUUGGCGUGGAAUAGUAGGUGGAAUUCGUUAGCAUUGGAUGGUGAUAGGAAUGGCAAAAAAGACCCACAAUUUGAGUAUUGUCCAAACACAAAUUAUUGUUGGUAAAACUAAAAUGACAUACGGGGCAUACACAUACGAACAUACCCAACUUUUUAAUUUGGGUAUAAAUUAGAAUCAUUACGUUGGAUACACAAAAGAACAUGGUUAUCCAACUCUAAUGUGAUAUUUUUCUUCUUCUUUUCUCUUUGUUCUAAAAUAAACAUAAAUGUGAAAACCCCAAGAUUGAAUGUGUCAAUGGGUUGAAUGCGUGCAUUAAAAUAGUCAAUAUUACCUUUGUCGUAUGUAUAUUUAUAUAAUCCAAAUAAACCUAUUUUAGUGAUUUAUAUCGGAAACAAACGGGUUCACCCAAAUUGAAAACCAUCUAAACUCAACGCAAGCUCAAAAUUAUUAUAAUGGCAUAUAAUAAAUCUAUUAAUAUCCAUCCCAAAUACCCAAUAUCCACAUUCGUCAUGAUAAUUAGAUCUAGUUACCAAUAAGUAUACCCGUUAUGGAGUUGUCUAACGGGUUGUCAUCCCUAGGUGGCGGUGGCUGGGAAUGGACAUGCAAGUUGCUUGCUGGUUGCCAUUGCCAGCCUUCUUUACUUUGUGGAGCGUGUGUUUAUGUGUAUGAGAUCCAAAGCAAAAAUUUCUUGGUCCAUAUGAUUUGGGGGCCCAAGAAAAAGGCCUUAAAUUU